CCUAAUGCGAAGGACGGCAUGGUUGCACAAAUUCAACCUGUUCAGCAUUACUUAACAACAUGCUUCGAACCUGUCCAUCCAGAGUCCGCUGACUAACCACUUGUUGCUGGUUACCCAUCUCUGCAGAAAUUCUUAAGAGCUCAUAAUGGUUACGCAUAAUGAUAUUUUGGAUAUUAUAAAGCCAAUUAAACGUGGUGAAAAUGAUGCCUCAGUUGAAUUUCCUUUUGAGCGAAUUUCACGUUAUUUGCUUCUUGAUGAAAAAGAUCUUCCAGAUGACCUUCGAAAAUUACUGGUUGAAAAUAUUGUAAGUGCUGCUUUCGAUCCAUCACUUAUAAGGCUGAAAGGUUUUGAGUUGUUAUUUCCUGGUCUUUGGAAUUUUGUGUUUCUAAGAUCAUCAGAGGUAAAUUGGGCAUCAUCACAAGUGUUUCCUAUAUUGAAUCAAAUUGUACGGUUCAACUGUUUUGUCGACUUCGCUGACCAGCUUCCAUCUGUCCUAGUUAUUUCAGUUAAAAAAGCCUCUGAAUUAUAUAUGCUCGACGCGGAUUGUCUUUUGUUUUUAGAUGCACUUUUGCAGUUUGGCAUGAAACAUAACAUUGACUUGGAUGACGCCCUUUUAAAAAGCGUCAUCAUUUGUGGUAAUGAAUUCGAUUCGUCAUGUAAAGAUGACUCACUCUGGAAUCGUUUGCUUUUAAUAAUAAAGUUGAUAAACUCAAUGACAUCAGUCGACAAUACUGACAAUUUAUUGGAAUCACUCAAACAACCGAUUUUAUUUUGCUUAGACUGCUUGAAGACUAAAAGGUUUUUCAGCAUCAGUAAACAGUUCUGUCUUGUCCUUCAAUUUUUGUCUGGUUUGACAACUUUGUAUCAGUCGUUUAAGUGGUUAGAAGAUUUUUGCUAUAAAUCUAAUAAUGGUGAACCAUUUACACUAAUUGUUACAACUGUCACUAUUGAACUGCGUCUUUAUCUGUCUCAGCAAAUGCCAUCUAACAAAAAUAAGAGCAUUUGUAAUCAACAGUCAAUUGUGGAGUUGAAUACUGGGAAUAGUUCUAUACAGCGCUUUCUUACAGAUAUCAUGGUUGACUCGGAUCCUGUAAUAAUUAGCCGAAAUAUAUCGGAAGCGUGUUUCGUCCUUUUUCGAUACAGCUUAAAAGAAAUAGAGAAAGGCAAUAACACUGACGAUACGGUAGAUAAUUGUGACAGUUCUUGUGACAUCGCGUCUACUGGCUGCCUAAUUUCCUAUGCCUCAGAUGAAACAGUGAAGAAUAUAUGGUUACAGUGCGUAGAUACUGGUGAAGAUCUACUAGAUUUCUUGUUAGCUUACAGUGCUAUGGUGAAACAGGAGUGCGAUUACGACUCACAUUUCUUAUGGGAUAAUUCUACCAAACAAAUCAAAUCACUUGGUGCACUUCUGAUAGAAGUAUACUUCAGUUGGUUGGCAGUUUACUUCACCACACAUUGUAUGCAGUGUGAAAAUGCUAGUGAGACUACGUCUGCUUUUGAAAGACUAUUCGAUAAGUAUUUGGCUCCGAUUUCACCAAUUUUGAGUUCACUCAUGACAUAUUAUUUUGAGAAACAUUCCAUGUUAUCUGAUCCUGAAAAUCAUUCUACUGACGAUCUUAAGUGGAUUCAAUCAGUGGCAAACAUUUGUAGUGUAAUAAUUCAAUUAUCUACAAUAACUUCAAAUCCGAAGUUUUCCACUGAUUGGUUUCCAUGGGAUUCUGUUGACAAGCCAUUUUGUGGUGAAAUUGUUUGUAAUUGGUUGAAGAAAAUGUGGAAUUUUGAUUUUCUAAGUGUGCAAACAUGCUUAUCAAGUCCAGUUAUAGAAAUGCUUACUAACAUUCUGGAACUGAUUGAUACUUGCGUAUUGGAUUCACAGAUAGUCAAGUCGACGGAAAAUAUUAAAGAGAGUAAUUUAUACAAGUGGUUGGCAGAACCCGGCGAAUUAUUUCACUUAUUCAUUGGUAGUUGGAUAUCUUUCUACGGUGCUGUUGUAAAUCAACCAAGCUUAUGCAUAGAAUAUAUUUGUACAGUUGUCAAACUGUGGAUAAUUUAUCAGAAGUGGUCCAAAGAAUUUAAUCUAGUUCUAAAUGACACAAUUAAGAAGUCAUUAUUCAAUAUUCCAGAUGAUCUACUCAACGGCGUUGAUAGAAUUCUAUCUCUGUCGAAUUCUGCUUCGUCAAACUCUUCAGUUCUGUAUCACCUUCGUCAUCUUUCACAAGUUUUCAAAGAAGCUACAGAAUACGAUGAUCGAUUUGUAAAUGUCGCCUCUCUCAUUGAAGACUUUUAGCAUGUUUCUAUAAUUUCUAAUACUGAGUACAUAUUUUCGUGACAGAUGAUUGUUAAUUUGAUGAGGAAUAAUUAUUUUAAUAAAAAAUUCUUGGAA